AUGAACGGGGUUACGGGCGAAGAAGGUGGGCGCAGGGGGAAAGGCGCAGGUGCGAUGGGUUUGCGGGUGUUGGAGGAGGUAGAAGGCGAUGCGGGCGACAGUGACGUGCGCGCGGUAGCCUUCGACUCCCCUCCGCCUCUUUCCGACAGCUCGCCCGGCAGCGGGCGAUCAAUGCGGCAUUUGGGCUCGAGCAGGAGUAUGACUAUAUCGAGAGGGCCCAGUAUGACGGAAGAGGAGGACGACGAAGGCGACGACGACGGGUUGUUGAGUGUGCGGCGAGGCGGCGCAGCGCCGCCGCUUUCGCUGUGGGACGACGACGAUUCGCGUUUGGACAGUUCCCGAUCCAAUGCCACGCCCGGCAGCGGCCGCAGCUUCCGCAGCAGCAGCAGCAGCGGCGGCGGUGCGUCGGGUGGCGGGCGCGCGCCGAAGAAGCACACGGGGGUGGGUCCGGCGCUGCAGCAGCGCCCGCUGCCGCAGUCCAUGAGCAUGAACCGCGCGCGCAUGCGCCUGGCGGGCAUGAAGCUGGACCUGCGCGUGCUGCCUUCCGGGCCCGCGGGCGUGCUGCUCCCCGAGCAGUCCGCCGCGCAGCACCUCUCCGCGCAAGGCGAUGCGGCCGCUGGGCCGGACGGGUUCUCGGUGACGGGGGAUGGGGGAAGGUUCGGCGGGGAGGGCGGGGGGGGCGAGGAAGAGGAGGAGGAGGAGAGCGGGGAGGCGAUGCAGGUGCGCGAUCGGAAGGAGAAGUUUGUAUUCUUCGAGAAGCAGUGCAGCCGCGUGUUGCCGCACGUGUACGUGGGCAGCGAUGCCGUGGCGCGCGACCGAGGCAUUCUGCGGCAGUCGGGCAUCACGCACGUGGUCAACUGCGUCGGCUUCGUGUGCCCCGAGUACUUCCCGCACGACAUCACCUACAAGACGCUCUGGCUGCAGGACAACACGUCGGAGGACAUCCAGUGCGUGCUGUACGACGUGUUUGACUUCGUCAACGAGGUCAAGCAGGUCAACGGCCGCGUGUUCGUGCACUGCUGCCAGGGCGUCUCGCGCUCCACGUCGCUCGUCAUCGCCUACCUCAUGUGGGCGCAGCAAGUGGAGUUCGAGGACGCGUUCCGCGUGGUGAAGGACAUCCGCGGCGUCGCGAGUCCCAACAUGGGCUUCGCGUGCCAGCUGCUGCAGUGGCAGAAGCGCGUGCUCUCGCCGCCCCCGCCAUCCUCCCCGCUGCUCCCUGCUGCUUCCCCGCGCGCUCUCGCUGUCGCCGCUGCUGAUGGCACUGGGGCUGGCGGUAGCGCGGAUAGCAGCAGGUGCAAUGGCGAGAGCGCGGGGCAGGGAGGGCAGGGGAAGCGGCAAAUGGAGAACGUGCGCGUGUACCGCAUGGCACCGCACUCGCCGUACGACCCGCUGCACCUCGUGCCCAAGAUGCUCACUGACGUGUCUGUCUCCGCGCUCGACCCCCGCGGCGCCUUCAUCGUGCAGGUGGGCGCAGCGCUGUACGUGUGGCAGGGCGCGGAGUGCCGACCGCCCAUGCAGCAGCAGGCGCAGCACGCAGCGGCGCAGAUAGUGCGGUACGAGCGGCUGCCAGCAGCAGCGUCGCUCAUCCAUCAGGGCCAGGAGCCGCACGGCUUCAAGGCCGCACUCAGCUCGCAGCGGCUGGUGCGCGGCGGCAGUGGCGAGUGGGGCGUGUGUCUGAGCGUGCUGGAGCGCGAGGGGCUCACGUACCUGGGGCAGGACGCGCACCACCUGCCCGGCCAUGGCGCCUUGCACUCCGACCCCGCGUCCAUGCUGCCUGUGCUCGUGGCAGGGGGCAGAGGUGCUGGUGGCGCAUCAGGGCGGGGCGUGGGCGAUGGUGGGAGUGAGGGUGGGAGUAGACGGGGCGAGUGGGUGGUGGAGGAGCGGGAGGAGUAUUCGUUUGACUUUGAGUGUUUCAACAAGGGGCUGGACGGAGGCACGCCGCAAGGGGCAGGGGCGAUGUCGGCGCCGCCCACAAAGGUGUUGCCGCAUCAGCACAGGGGCUGGCUGGAGGCCACCCUGCCUCUCAACCCCGCCUACUCCCUCCCUUGGGAGUCUCCCAACGCCACCCCGCGUGGCGCUCAACCCUCACCCGCACUGCAAACCCCAGCAGCAGCAGCAGCAGCAGCAGCAGCAGCAGGCAGCGGCGUUGGGUCGGCAGUGGCAUCUACAAGCUCUGCUCUGGCGCGACUCACCGUGCAUGACGAGGACGUGGACGCAGGCAGCAAGGCAGGCGAGGCACGCGAGGCAAGGGGAGGUGAGGAGGGGAGCGCGCCUCGCAAGCCAGUGUUUGCGCCGCUGCCACUGCAUGCACACACGUCCAUGCCGUCCCCCUCGUCCUUCUCUCCGCGCUCCCUGGGUUUCUUCCCCCCCUCUGGCAGUGGUGCCUAUGGCGCUGCUCUGAGCAAGUUCUCCAAGCCCGCUGCUGCUGUGCGCGACCCUCACCGACUCAAGGACCAAUCAGGCGGAUCCAAGGUAGUAGUCGAGGGCGCCACAGGUAAUGGCGCUGGCAAUGGUGGUGGCAGUGGGUUGAGAGCGGGAGGGCUUCAGGUAUCAGAGUUAGGCAGCAGUGGCGGAGGGGUGAGGCGAGGCCUCCCCCCACUGACGCCCCGCACCAAAGGCGGAAUGAGGGCGCAGCAGGACAAAGGAUGGGGGGAGACGGGUCAGGCGGGGGCAGAGGCAGACACAGGUGGUGAAGAGGGGGGGCUGAUGCCAGGGGAUGAACUACAGGCCAUCACAGAGGUCGAUGACCCAGGGUUGCAAAGGGAUUACAAUGAAGGUGCUGGCCAUGGGGACGCUGACAUGGGUGCUGGGGUAGGGCCUGUGUGGUUGCCAUCCCCCAGACGUGGCAAGCCGAAGCUCAGGGCGGCUUGGGAGGAGGGCGAGGGAGAUGAGGCAGGGGAGGAGGAGAGAGGGGGAAGAAGUGAGGUAGGUGUGGUGCAGGGUAAGGAGGACGAGGGGAUGGCAGCGGUGUUGGGAGCUCUGCCUCAGAGGAGAGGGAGGGCGGUACGUGGCUUUCAGAGCACAGGCAGCGAGGCAGGUGCCAUGGACACACGUGGCAAGGCCCCCAAGCUCCCCCCGAGACCUGCUUUGCUGCCCUCCGCACCUUGCGCUGAUAGCAGCAGCAGCAGUGCUACAAAUUCUGGUGCGGCUCUCCCUCCUGCCCCUCGUUCCAGCUCGCUUUCGAAAGGGCGGGGGGAUGGUGGAGAGGGUUGGGGCGAGAGUGGGGAGGGGGAAGUGGACAAGGCAGAGAGCAGUGGGAUGGAUGCUUUUGGUGUCCCUCUCACUCCAAGACGACGACUGCCGCCCAGAUCAGCAUUUGGAAGAGGGUUCAAGGGAGACGAUGGGGAUCAAGCGGGGGAUGGGGGGAUGCGGUCAAAGAGACAAGGGGUAUCGCGCAAGGAGAAGGAUUGGCCACCGAGUGGUGAUGACUAUGGGGUGGAGGGCGGUGUGGCAUCGGAGGAGGGGGAUGAAAUGGAGGUUGAGGAUGGCACGGGCGCUGGUAUGGCUCUCCCCACUCCUCGACGCCUAGGGCCUCAAAUUAAGAAGAUAUUUUAG